CCAAUGCAAAGCCCACUCACUUACUAUUACCAGGCUCUCGUCUGUGUCUGUCUUUGACACGCCAACAGCUCCAGCGUCCAUCUCCAUUUUUCAGUCUCCGUUUUCAAUUGUCCAUUUGUCCAUUGUCCAUUUCGAGAUUUUUGUGUCAUUGCAAAAAGUCCUUUUCCGCUUUUCCUUAUCUCCCUCGUUCUGCUAUCGGCUGGCCGCACAAUGGCCGUCUGUUGUUGUUGCUACUAGCAAACAAGAACCCACUUGACUUGACCGCUUCGCGUCCUGGUUCUGGCUAAGCAACUGGAUAUGCCUGACCACCUCACUAAAGCAUAGUGGGACGAACUGAGUGGACUGCCGAUCCGUGCUAACCGCACACGACCGUCCCGACGAACCAGGAAGGAUCAAUGUCGACAUCGCCGGCGCAUCAGACUCGCCUUGUCAAGAGUUCCUCCAGCUCUCCCGACAUUUCUUUGUCUUCCAUCCCAACUUCUAUGCCUAUGGCGGGAGCCUUCGUCGCCGGCACGGACACCGUCCGCGAGUAUGGCAGAGAGUAUGGCACCUUUAGAAGAGAACAAUACAUGAUGCCUCACGAUGACCGUGAACGAGAUCGUCUAGACAUUAUGCACACCAUGCUCAAGGUCAUUAGACCCCCAGCCACCAGACUGACUUCAUGCCCGACCGAAAUGCUCGAACAGCCGGCGGAUGGCCCUUUUGGUACUUCUCCACGAGUCCUCGAUCUCGGCUGCGGCACUGGCAUCUGGAUGAUUGAUAUGGCCAAGUUAUUUCCUCAAGCUGAAUUUGUCGGCGUCGAUCUCCAACACAUGGGACCUCCUAGUCUGCCUCCCAACGUCUCGGUGCGGGCCCAUUGGGAUUAUGAGACCAUCUGGUUGCUGGGAGAGCGGAGCUGGCAUCUCAUUCACCUUCAACUCAGUCUGGGCAGCGUUAGCGAUUUGCUUGGUCUGUACCAGAAGAUCCAUCGCCACCUUAUCCCCCGCGUCGGAUGGUUCGAACACGUCGAGAUCGAUUUCCAACCCCGCUGUGACGAUGGCACCCUCCAACCUGGCAGAUUGACCGAGUGGUGGGAUCUUUACAUCAAGCCUGUCUACGAAGAAGGCAAGCGCCCCAUUCACUAUGACGAGGCUCGUAUCCGCAACUCCUUCCACGCCGCUGGUUUCAUCGAUAUCCAGCAUGAAGAAUACCGUCUUCCCCUCCGGGGUUGGACGAAUCACCCGGACGAACAAAGGGCAAAAGCCGAGCAACGCGCAGGCUUAUGGUGGAAUAUAGCUCAAUCCUCCGGUCCUCAGAACACAAGUGGCGUUGGCAUGGAAGCCAUGAGUCUCGCACCGCUUUGUCGUUAUGGUGGUGGUUGGACCGAAGAAACGGUUCGUCGACUAUGCGACGAAGCCCAGCAGCAAGCCUCCGAUCCAAAUGUUCACGCCUACAAUGUUGUCCAUAUCUGGAGAGGACGAGCCCCUUGAAACCGCUUGCGUGUGUGGGAAAAGUUAGUUUUGGCGGUACUUUGUUUACAACGGAUGGGCAUGGGCGGCAUUUUCCAUACAAAGUUCCACUCAUAGCAUGCCUACCGGUCUGGAAGACUGCGGAGCCUGCUCAACGUACCUGCCUUGGCGGAUAUGUGCUGGCGAAGACCUUGGAGGGCAGUGUCAAUGCUCAAGCCAAGGCCUUGAUCUUGCCGCCACAUUACCAAGUCCAUUGUCGACAUAAUUGGCCUUUCCGUUGCAAUGUAAGGCCUGAGCCUCAGUCGAUCGAAGAAAGACCUAGAGCACAAUGAUUGGACGAGAAGUAAUGAGGAUUGACCUCCUUGGGUGGGCAAUUGGACAGUCUCCAUGGACUUGGGCACCCGCAGAAAGGCUGGACCGGGUGCGCAGUUCAUCCGCUUCGUCAAUAAACCCAGAAGACCGGUCUGCACGAUUCGUUACUGAUCGAAGAAGACAGACACGUGUCCUAACAUGUCCCAACACCAACAUGGAGAACUCUCCCAUGCUGUGACCGAGGAAUGCCCUAUGAAGGUGCAAACUCGAAUAAGAUAGCGAGGUCAGGCCAGGGAACCCCGUCAAUUUGUCCCAACGGUCAAACGACCACCCGCACAAGGUUUAUCCUCAACUCAGACACGCUGAUCAAGACCACCAUGUCAAGCACGCAAAUCUCACUUAUCCAAUCUUUCUCGUAUCAAGGAACGAAAUUUAGUCCGCAGAAUUGGCUACAAGGGAUUUGGAUGGGUUGGAUUGAGUGGUCUCACCACAUGACAUAUAGGAGUAGCCUUCUGCAGAUGAGUAGCCAACUACCCCUGAUCGAGGGUACGGUCAAUCACUCCUUCGCUCGCAAAAAAAAAAAUAGGAGCCACGAUCUAUGCAGGAUUUCUUUCUUUAAUGAGUCAAAAUCAAUUUCA